AACAUUUUUGCCGUUCAGUUUAACUCGGAAUCCUGGCGCUGCGACUGCUACCAGCUGUUUUUCCGCGUGCGCCGUUCCCCUUUUUUCUUAGGCAGGCAGCCGACACCGGCCAUUCCGAAAGAUGUUCCGAGUCGGAGUAAAAAUUCCCGUAAACGGCCUUAAUCUUAAUCGGAUUAAAAAACAUGGUUGUGAAAGGCUCUACCUUGCGGCAAGGAGCUAUGAAACAAGACCAAAGAUCAAGUGCGAUGACAGGGUAUUCAAGGAAGUUACUCUUGCAUCCAGAUUAUCUGGACAUAGAUAUUCAACUGAAUCUGGAAGAGAAAAAUCACGUGGAGGCACUGGUACUUUAGUUACUCUUGGAGCUGUUACAAUUGGAGCAAUUGGAAUAUUAACGUAUGCAAAAAGCGAUGAAAAAUUUAGGGCUACAUUGGAUGGAUGGAUUCCAGGAACAAAUCGAGCGAUACAGAUCAUCUUUCAGGAAGAAUCAAGUUAUUUUGAUUUUAUUAUCAGUUUCUUUGAAUCAUUAAAAAAUAAAAUUUCAAACAUGAUAUUUGGAGAGUCAACCCCAAAACCAGGUCAGAUUAUAAGAACAGUAGAUUGUUCAAAUCUUGAAGAUUUUACACCGCCAAGACCUGCUUUCACACCAGCGGCAUUAGAACUUUCACCGCCUAAACCACCAUCUAUUGAUAAACCAAAACCAGAACUUAGAAUUAGUAAAAAUGAAGGCAAAAAAAUUGAAGUUGUAUCCGAAAAACCAGUUCUUGUUUCAAAAGUAACACCCAGUGAACAAAUUACUGCUGAUUUACAUGAGCUAGAAAAAUAUGGUGGGGAACUUGCUUCUAAAGCUAUAGCAGCAUUUCAAGAAGCCUCAUGUGCUGUUCAAGAUUUUAACCAAGAUGUCAUGAGUGUUGUAGAAAGUUCCGAUUCUACUGUAGGAAAUCAAAUAUGGGAUAGAUUAAAAGUAGCACAAGAAAAGAGAUCUUUUGCUUUGGAAGAGGCAGAAAAGAAAGCAGAUGAAGCUGUUGAGACCUUGAAGAAGUUGCAUAAUUCGAUUGAUGAUCCUAAAGUAGAAGCCACUCCUGGACAGAAAACCAUUGCCAGGCGAAACAUUAAUAAAAUAUUAUCGGAAUUGGAUGAAGCUAAAAAGAAGUUUGAUCAAGAAAUUGCUAACGCGAACAUAACGGAAAAAUACUGGAAAAGUGUCAAAGUAGCGAGAGAGAAGUUCCACGAAGAAUUGCAAAUCCUUUUUCCAGGCAUCAAUACCAAUAAUAAAAAGCUUGCCGUAACCGAUGAAGCAUUCGAUCUGUUUGCCUUACACAUGUAUCGUAAAGUAGCAUUUUUGCAAAAGGAGUUUGAAAGAUUGCAGACUGUCGCUGAUGCAAAAUUAAAAGCUGCUUUGAAGUCUGGAGAUGAACAAGAAAAAAUUAAUAUAGCUGUUGAGUUGGCUCUGGCUCAGGAAAAGCAGAAACUUAGAGAAGAUUUCGAAAAAAAG